AUGUCUUCAACACAAGCUACUAAUUAUAUUCAAAUAAUUGAUAGUGAAUAUGAAGAUUUAUUACAAAAAAGCGUUAAAGAGAAAAUUAUUUCACCUGUUGAAGUAGAAGAAGAUGAUAUAAUAAGAGUUUAUGAUAAAGGGGUUUACAAACCAUGUGGAAAACAUAAUGAAUUCGAAGGAUUAUUCAACAAGUAG